AUGAUUUCACCAUUAUUCAUUGUUUUAUAUCUAAAAAAUUUGUGUCUAAAAUUUCAGACAGUUGCGGAAACUGUUGGUAUUGGAAAUUUAUCUGAUAAUUGUGCCUUAGAAAUUGCUGUCAAUUUAACAUAUGUGAUUAAGGAUGUGAUGGAACAGGCAAAAAAAUUUACAAGUCAUGGCAGAAGAAAGCGUUUAAUAGCGGAUGAUAUUGAUGGAGCAUUGAGUAUAAAAGGAUAUCAGCCAUUGUUUGGAUUUUGUUGCAAAGAUGGAAUACCCUUCCGUUUCGCGGGUUCGUUAGGACGUGAUCUUUUUAUUACGGAUGAACGUGAUGUUGAUAUAACUCAUGUGGUGAAUGCAGCUGCUCCAAAAUUACCUCUUGAAACAGCACUCAAAGCACAUUGGUUGGUCAUCGAUGGUGAACAGCCUGCCGUGCCUGAAAAUCCAACACCUAUGGCGCUCGAUGAAGCAUCAGGAUCCGUUGCUGAAAAUCGUACAAAAGAUGCGGGUCCUAUUAUUUUAACUCAUGUUGGCAAGGCAUUGCGAAAGAAUGAACAAGUGCAAAUAAAAACGAUGACAACACAUGCUUUAUCUGUUGAGCAACAAAUUUUCUUCAAAGAAGUCACAGAAGCAAUUAUGGGUAGCGACGACGCAAGGCGAACGGAAGCAUUACAUAGUUUACAAACAGAUGCCGGAUUACAACCAAUAUUGCCCAGGUUAACUUUGGCAAUUGCAGAAGGGAUUCGUUGUAAUAUUGCUCAACAUAAUCUAGCUCUAUUAAUUUAUCUUAUACGAAUGAUUCAGAGCCUUACCUUAAAUCCAGCCCUUUCGCUGGAUCGUUCUUUGCAUCAGUUACUGCCUGCUAUUUUAUCAUGUAUUCUUAGUAGACAUUUAUGUGCACGACCUGAUGUUGAUAAUCAUUGGGCUCUGAGGGAGUUCUCUAGUCGACUUAUCGCAUCAAUUUGCAAAUCAUAUAAUAAUAUUAAUAACUUGCGAUCUCGGGUAACACAAGUUUUAACCAAUGUUUUGUUUGAUGAUAAUGCAUCAAUAAAUACAAUAUACGGGUCUGUAUUUACGUUGAAUGAACUUGGAAUGGAGACGAUUAAAGCUGUGGUACUACCAUAUAUACCAAAGUUAUUUAAUGAUAUCAGAAAAUCAGUAUGUGAUAAAACCAGUACGACAGAAAAAAUUGCUAUUGAACGACUGGAAUCUUUAAUUGUGAAAAUCCUCGUAACAUACGUUAGAAGUCAAAAGCCUGCUCACCUUAAAGAAAUUACGGAUUAUCGAUCAACAUUUGGUGGUUACGGUGAUGAAGUAUACGAGAUGAUAAAUGCAGAUUCUUCGACAUCGGGUGGCGAAAAAUUCUCGGUCAGUAAUAGUUUAAAUUCUUCAAGAUCAAAAUCUCCAGUGGAUCGCCGAUUAAAUGCAUCUUCUUCUCUCGCAUCACAUCGAUUAAUUGUUGGCUCAACCAAACAAAACCAGUCACCAUGUUUUGUUGUUCGAACACAGUCAUCCUUAGUGACGAGGAAUUCGCAAUCUACUUUUGUUAAUACAUCAACCGGAGGUCGUUUACAACCUACUUCAGGUGUAUUCAAUAAUAAUCGUUCAAAUGCAUCAGGAGGAUUUUAUAUUUCUGGGUCUGGCGAUUCUCAAGCCAAUUCGUACAUAGUGAGACCAAGUGGAGUUAAAAAAGUGAUUAUGUCGACAUCUCAGCGAAAUAGUUCUGGAUCUGCGAAUGAUGGCUACAGGAACCUUUAG